AUGGCCCGCCUGUCAUUGACGUAUCAUGGCCAAGGCAGACAGCCCGAGGCAGAGACGUUGGGUCUGCAGGUGAUGGAGUUGCGCAAGAAGGUCCUCGGGCCAGAACACCAUCAUACCCUGACAAGUACGAGUAAUCUUGCAUCGAUUUACUAUGAUGGCGGGCAGUUUGCCAAGGCGGAGGAACUGUUGUUACAGGUAUUGGCGAUGCGCAUCAAAGUACUGGGCAUGGAACACCAUCACACGCUUACAUGUAUGGAGCAACUAGCAGCCAUGUAUAGAAAGCAAGGAAGACUGAUGGAGUCUGAGGACCUGGAGUCACAAGUAUCAGAGGCUCGAAACAAGGCCUUCCCAGUUCGAGUCCAUCUCGACGUGCCCAUUUUCAACCCCAACCGCCCGGACUGGGACAGCACAUGGCGCGAGGACAUCAAUUUUGCUCCAUAUCGCGAGCAAGUCCUGUGGGAGCUCGACAAGCAAGUCGCGGCCGACCUUGUGGUGUACCUGCCCCCGGCUACGCUGGCUCCGAUAAGUCUUUUAGAAUUCGGUCUUUCCGCGCAGGUCCCGGGCAAGGGCAUCGCCAUAGCGCCCGAGGGAUAUUCCAAAAGGGCCAACGUGCAAAUCGUUUGCCAAAAGUUUGGCAUCGAGUUCCUCGAUACGAUGGACCGAGUACACGAGAUGGUGAUUGACAAGCUGCAUUUGAAUCAGUGA